AUGUUAUCCAAUAAAGGUCGAAAUCAUCCUAAUGAUGAUUAUGAUAAAGAAUUUCAUUCAUCCAAACGUGUUCGUACAAGUCGUAUCGAUGAAAAUUCAUCGGAUUAUUCUCAUCGUCGUUCAUAUUCUUUAAUUGAAGUGGCCAAUGACAAAGUAAUAUAUAAUGAUCAAUGUGAAAAUGGUUCAUAUGAUGUUACAUCAAAAUCUACAUCAAAAAAUGGAAUCGAUACAAGAAAACGUUCACAUUCAUUUGUUCAUCCAACAAUUUAUUCAAUUGUACCCAAUACACAAUUAACAACAAUUGUUAAACGACCAUCACAAUGGGGACAUGUUGGUCAACGAAUUGAACUUUAUACAAAUCAUUUUCGUAUAAAUUUUUCAAAACAAGUUGAUGAAACAAUUUUCUAUCAAUUCGAUGUUGAUGUUGAAUUAUUAUUUCGUGAUGGUUUAUGGCGUUCAUGUAGAAAAGAUGAACGUUUACAUGUUAUUAAAAAAAUUAUUGAACAAGAACAUUUUCCACUUAAUAUCAAUGUGAAAUUGUUCAUAAAAAAAACAGGACAAACAAAUAAAUUUCGAUUAUUAAUUAUAAAUCUUGUUAAAACUUGUAAUUUGAAAACAAUAUUCGAUUUCAUAGAAAAACGUGUUUCACAACGACCACAUGAUCCCAUUCGAAUACUUGAAAUAUUAUUUAAACAGACACAACGAAUCGAAAUGAUCACAAUUAAAAAUCAAUCUUAUUCAAAAUAUCAAAGAUUAGAUGAUCUUGGCGAUGGCCGAGGUUUAGCUUUAGGAUUUUAUCAAGCUAUUGUACUUGGUGAACGUGGCCCAAUGUUACAUAUUAAUAAUACAUUUAGCUGUUUUUAUCAAAAUUACAAUUUAGUUGAAUUUAUUUCCUGUUAUUUGGGUCACGAUAUCAGAAAAUAUGGUAUUCCAUCAAAAGAUCAAUCAUUACUUGUUCGAAAAAUUUUAAAAUCACUUUGGUUUGUAACAUUAUAUACAAAUCGAAUUCGUCGAUAUCGUUUAAAAUCUUUUGGUCGUGCAGCUAAUGAACAGAAAUUUCUUAAAGAUCAAGAUGAACAAAUAACUGUUGCUAAUUAUUUUCAUGAUAAAUGGAGAAUUCGUUUAUAUCAUCCACAUUUACCUGUUGUUGAAUUAUUUAAUCCAAUUGAUAAAAAUAAAAUACAUUUUUUACCAAUGGAAUUAGUUAUUAUUGAUAAAUGGCAACGAAGUUUAAAACCAUUAACAACUGAACAACGUACAAAAGUAACGAAAAAAACAGUCGUUCGUCCAGGUGAACGUUAUGGUAUGAUACGACGUGUUGCUGAUGAAUGUCGUUUCAAUCAUGAUGAAUAUCUUGUAAAAUUUGGUAUCAAUGUCGAUGUCAAUGAAAUGAUUAUGUUACCGGCAAGAAUUUUAUCAUUACCAGAAAUAAAAUAUAAAUCAUCACAAGAUGAUCAACAUGAUGUUGUUGAACGAGUUCGAAAUGGUAAAUGGUGGUUAAAUAAUCGUUUCAAUAAAGCAUGUGAAAUACAUGUAUGGGCUGUUGUUUUCGUUAGUCAAUAUGAACCUAAUAAUCGACAUAUUCAGACUGCAAGAAAUUUUACACAUAGAAUUCCACAAGUUAUGUCGAAAUAUGGUAUUCGUUUCAAUUCAAAGCCUAUUGAAAAAUCUGAUGCAGCUGUUCCACAAAUAAUUCUAGCUCGUAUGCAUGAACUUAAAAUUCAAGGAUGCGAAAUUAUUAUUUAUAUUCUUAAUCAAGUUGGAGAUGACAUUUAUCAUGCUAUCAAAUUUUUUGGAAAUAUUAAACUUGGUAUGGUAACUCAAUGUACACGUUAUGAACGACUUGUGUCAAAUAGUGAUAAUCAUAAAAUGGAUAUGUACAUUCAAAAUUUAGCACAAAAAUUCAAUGCUAAAUUAGGUGGUGUUAAUCAACUUGUAUCAUUAAUACAUCCAUUGAUGUUAUCAUCAGCUCGUUCCGAUGUAUUUAUGUUUUUUGGUAUCGAUUGUACUCAUAUAACAUGUUCACAUGAACGACCAUCAAUAGCUGCUAUAAUUGGAUCAAGAGAUUCAACAAGUACACAAUAUGCAAGUCGUCUUGUAAAACAGUUUUCACCAAAAGGAAAAAUUACUCUCGAAAUAGUAAAAGAUCUUCAUAUGCCUGUUGGUGAAUUAUUACAUGAAUUUUUCAAUUAUAAUUCAUAUUUGCCAAAUAAACUCGUUUUUUAUCGAGCUGGUAUCGACAAUGGAUCAUUUCAAAAAGUACUUGAUCAUGAAUUACGAGCUAUUAAACGAGCAUGUACAGAUUUAUAUGGUUAUAAUCAAUUACCUCAAAUUUGUUUUAUUAUUGUUAAAAAACGUCACAAUACUCGAUUUUUUCAUUGGAAUAAAAAAUCCAAUCAAACAAAUAAUAUUCAACCAGGAACAAUUAUUGAUACAGAUAUUGUUUCACCGAAUGGUUUCGAUUUCUAUCUUAAUUCUCAUGCAACUAUACAAGGUACAUCAAGACCAAUACUUUAUCAAGUUUUAUACGAUGAAAUUGGUUUUACAUCGGAUGAUAUACAACAAUUGACAUAUUAUUUAUGUCAUACUGUUGCUCGAUGUACUAAAUCUACAGCUGUUCCAGCACCUGUUCAUUAUGCAACAUAUUGUGUAGCACGUGGUCUUAGUCUUGACUAUGAAGGACAGAUAGCAAAUGAACAACAAAGUAUUGCAGUUUCGGAAUUCGACGAAGCCUUGUUCGAUGAGAAUGUUAUCGUUACUUUAGAUGAUGUUCAAACAAUUAAAAUCGAUUUUAAUCCAUUAAUUGAAAACACAAUGUGGUUUGCAUGA